CUACAAGAAAUGCUUGAUCUCAGUCAUAACUCGCUCACUGGAGUCAUCCCGCAACAAUUUGGCAAGCUCGUGAUGCUAGAAAACCUAAACCUCUCGCGCAAUCAACUGUCGGGCUCCAUUCCAUCAUCUUUCGAAGGCAUGCUCAGCUUGUCGUCGCUCGACUUAUCGUACAAUGAUUUGGUGGGUCCGCUGCCUAAAGAUCGAUUCUUUGAUCAGAAAGCUCGAGCAGAGUGGUUUCAACACAAUAAAGGUUUGUGCGGCGAUUUGCAUGGUUUGCCUCCAUGCCCGUCAUCUAUCAGCCAACAUCAUCAUCCAAGGAAUGCUCGCAAGCUGAUUCUUUCGAUUGUUUUCCCCACUAUUGCCGUGCUUCUGCUUUUGGUUACAUUCGUAGUCUUCCUGUUUCUUAGGAGAGCAAAGCCUAUGAAGGAGGAGGAGAGGGAAGUCCCAGUCAAGAAUCUAUUCUCGAUACUGAAUUUUGAUGGGGAGGCUGUACGCGAACAAUUUGAUGGAAAGGCUAUCUAUGAAGAAAUUAUUGAUGUCACGGAAAACUUUGAUGAGAAAUACUGCAUCGGGACGGGAGGAUAUGGCAGUGUCUACAAGGCACGGCUUCGAACGGGUCAGGUAGUAGCUGUGAAGAAGCUUCAUCCAUCGGAAGAAGUAGGUGAUGAAAGAGGCUUUCAGAAUGAGAUCCAAGCAUUAACCGAGAUUCGCCAUCGUAACAUAGUGAAGUUGUAUGGGUUCUGCUCCCAUGCUCGAUGCAUGUUUCUCAUUUAUGAGUACAUGGAAAGGGGAAAUAUGUCGGCCACCUUAAGCAGCCAAGAGGCAGCCAUGGAGUUGGAUUGGAAUAGGAGAGUAAAUAUCGUUAAAGAUGUGGCACAUGCUUUAUCCUAUAUGCACCAUGAUUGCACUCCUCCAAUUGUACAUAGGGACAUAUCGAGCAAGAACAUUUUGUUAGAUUCCGACUUUAAUGCUUAUAUUUCAGACUUUGGAAUAGCAAGAAUUUUGAAGCCCGAUUCGUCAAAUUGGAGCGCCCAUGCAGGCACACUUGGAUAUAUGGCACCAGAGAUUUCGUAUACAAUGAAGGUCACCGAGAAAUAUGAUGUAUACAGUUUUGGUGUGGUGAUAUUAGAAGUAAUGCAAGGAAGGCAUCCAAGUGACCUUAUGUCCUCGCUAUCAUCGCAUGGCCAGAACAUGCUUCUUAAGGAUGUGUUAGACCAACGCAUCUCACUUCCCACACUUCAAGUUGCAAAUGACGUGAUAUUACUAGCUAAGGUAGCACUUGCAUGCAUACGUCCUAAUCCGGAUGCUCGACCAACAAUGAAACAUGUGUCCCAGUUAUUCACUUCUAACAAAGAUCAGAGUUUGUUAGACUAUUUUCAUGCAAUUAAACUACAUCAGUUAAUGAAUUUACAAGUGUAGGUUGAAUUUUGGGUGGUCAAGAGGCCCAAGACACAGGCAGUAUGGGUGUUAAGGUGUGUAGGAUUUAUUAUGUUCACCGUAUGACACUUAAAAAUGUCAAUGUAUCCAUAUAUUGUUACAAUGUUAUAA